GUGCAAUCCAAUGAAAGGUCUUUCAUGCUCCUGUGAUAAAGAAAGUGUGGUUGAGACUUAAAAUAUGCGAUUGAGCAGACAAAAAGGCAAGUAUAAAGGAAAUGCUAGCUUCCCUCAUCUUCAAAGAAUCCGAUCAUCUGAGAACUUACUGACUUAUCGGCCAUAUAUACCCUCGCCGGAUUCGUCCUGUUUCUUUACAGAAUCCGGUCAGCCUCCUUAAACUUUACAUUUCUUUUAUCAACUUACCAGCCAUACAUUACAUCCGCCGGAGCCAGAGAGGCAAGUUAACAUUGCUACCACCGGAAAAUUAUCCCAAAAUCCGGCAUCACCUCUCCUGCUAGCUCCGGUUCAUCAGUACACAAGUUUCUAGCAAUGACAUCUGAUGGUGAAACAAAAGCUGCACCAAAAGAAUCAAAGAGUCCCCCACAUGUAAACGAUCAGAUAGCCUCCCUCGGAAGGAGAAGAUUCCGACGAAUCAAAAGUGCCCCGCUUGCCAACUCUUUUGUCUCGGAUUUCAAAACCACCUCCGCACCUCUGCCACGCCGCAAUUCCGUGUUUGACCAUUUUUACCCGAAUUACUGGAAGAUUGCUAUCAUCUUCUUUGCAUAUCUAGUUGCAGGUAUGGUUUGCUUUCAUCUAGUCAGACACCAGAUUUCAGGAAAGAAAACAAACAGCAUACUCGAUGCACUUUAUUUCACCAUUGUAACAAUGACAACAGUCGGGUAUGGAGACCUUGUUCCCGCUAGCACUCUCACAAUACUUCUCGCCUGUCUUUUUGUCGUCUCCGGCACCUUGAUUGUUGGAUUGGUUUUAAGUAAAGCAGCAGAUCUUUUAGUGGAAAAACAAGAACGAUUACUUGUGAAAGCGUUGCAUAUGAAUGAAACCAUUGGUGAAGCAGAAAUCCUUAAAAAGAUCAAAACUAAGAAAGUGAGAAACAAGUGUAUAAUCUUGGUGGUGUUUCUUCUGGUACUUAUGGCAGCAGGGACAGGAAUCUUUAUUUAUGUUGAGGAAUUGGACUUCAUUCAUGCGUUGUAUUGUGUUAUUGCGACGCUUACUGGACUCGGUUACAUAGAUAAAUGCUUCUCGACAACAGGUGGACGUGUUUUUGCUCUUUUUUGGAUCUUGUUAGGUACUCUCUAUGUAGCUCAGUUGCUCUUUACUUUUGCUCUGUUACAUACUGAAAGAAGGCAACGAUCGUUGGUCAAAUGCGUUCUUAAAAGAAAAACAACGGGUUCUGACCUUGAGGCAGCUGACUUUGACUGUAAUGGCAUCGUUGUAGCAGCUGAGUUCGUUAUCUAUAAGCUAAAAGAAAUGGGGAAGAUCAGUGAGGAUGACAUCACACCUAUCAUGGAUGAGUUUGAAACACUAGAUUUUGACAAGACGGGAACGUUGUCUGCCUCUGAUCUUGGUCAUUAGUUUCUUACAUGCAUUAUGGAUAUGAAAUCAGAAGUUCAUAAUUUGAACUUGAUGUUAGGACAACAGAGAAUGAACGUUUUAUAACAGAAACAACAAACGAAUACUAUAUUGAAUUGAUGUUGGCAAA